AUGAGAGAUGAAAGCAAUGACUUCACCACACCUCACCUUCUUGUUGAGUGUUGGCUGCUAAUAUGUUCCUUCCCCAACAACAAUCUUCAAGUUGAAGCUAAGGUGAGAUCAUUUGAGCUUGAGAAUUUGCAGGUUUCCAUGGAAACACCAUCCAUCAUUCUCAGGAGAUCAAUCUUUACUUUUCUGCAGAAGUAUCAGUACUUCACCACCAUUGCUGCAUUGUUAGCUUUCCCAUUUGCAGCCUCAACUCUAUUGCUUCAAUCUUUGGUCCCAAUAAUUCCUUCUUCCUCAAUAUUUUUCUCCAUCCUCCAUACAAACCAGCUUUCUCACACCAUUGCCAUAUCUGUUCUUGCAUUCCCUUCUACCCUUUCCUCCUUUCUCUUCAGCAAAGCCUCUGUAAUUCAUGCCCUGAUGACCAAUCAAGAAUGCCCAUUAUCUUUUUCCUGUCUUUUCAAACUUCACAUCCCCUUGAUUCAUACCCAAAUCUGCAACUCCUUAUUCACCCUCUCUUCCCUAUUCAUUGCCUUCAAUUUGGCACAUUAUGGAUUAGGCUUUUCUUCCAUGUUUUUUUCUGCCAUUGGAGCUGUGGUUUUCUCCUUAAUUGUUGCCCACACCUUCAUCAUCUGUAACCUGGCAUUGAUUCUAUCAGCAACCCAGAAAAAGGGAGGCUUUACUGCGCUUCUCGGGGCUUGUAUUCUGAUCAAGACAAGGACUGCCACAGCUCUAUCAUUAGCCCUCCCAACCAACGCCGCCAUGGCUGCAGUUGAAGUUCUGUUCCAAUACAGAGUUGUGAGGGCUUAUCAUGAUGAUGGGGUUUUCUCAGUUGCUUUGGAGGGGUUGUUCAUUGGAUAUCUGUAUGCUCUUCCCCUCGUACUUGACACCAUUGUCGCCUACUUUUUCUUCACAAGUUGUCAGGUAGACAAAGAUGGAAAUGGAAGGAAGAAGAUUGCCCAAGAUCAAUCCUUAGCUUGCAGCUGCAGGGGUAUAAAGAUUGUUGAAGACCUUCCCUGAUUUUUUUUAUAAUAAAUUUAUUGGUGAAAAGAAUCCAAGUAUUUAUACUUUCCAAUUGAGAAAAUUUCA